CGUGAUAGAAAUAACUAAAACCUUUUCAGUAUGCAGUGCAUGUUUCAAGAAGCAACCCAAGUGUGCGGAAUAACCAUCAUUUCCCAGCGUACUCAUCCCACGGGCUAGUUUGAGGAAAACUGAGAAUUGGGACUCUGCUUUAGUCGUGCUGCUGAUGCACAGAUAGAAGCUUCUGCCACAUUGUAGACUUCUGUAACUCCGAACGCCCAACUCGCUGAAACAUUUUCCUAAUCACUGCUUCCAAUCCAGCAAAGUGGACGGACGCGGAUCGGUGAACGUGAAGACGAUGAGGGGCACACGAAAAUUCACGGAGCGCUGGAUCAGGGUGGCCAACAUCAGCAAGGAACGUGAGCAAAUCUCCCUGGAGGGCAGGGGCUCCUCGGCGGGCUCCACACGGUCGGCCGUGACACUGAAUACGAUGGUCGAUGGAAGCACUCAAGGUGGACGAUGUGAGCAUGGCAGUAAAUUUGGCUGGUGUAGCCCGGGAGGAUCGUCAUCCCCUGCAGAAAUGGCCAAGCUACCUUUGGAAGAUUUCAUAGAUACUGUACGGGAAAAUUCGGCUUUCAUCCAUGAAACGGACCUGAAAGGUGCCACGGUCUUGCACUACGCGGCUCAGAUGGGCCGUAAGGACUUGGUCGAACACAUCACUCUCUGCAGUGGAGACGUAAAGGCCCAAGACGCUAAGGGGGAAGCACCUUUGCAUUGGGCUGUGAGAGGCAACUCCCCGGACACCGUUCACAGUCUCAUGUUCGCUGGGGCAGAUCCUGCUGUACUCAACAACAUCAAAAUGGCACCACUUCACCUGGCCAGUGACUUGGACAUGCCAGACAUGAUUGAAGCCCUGUGUUAUCACAAAGAUAUGGACGUCAACAUGCCGGGGGAAUAUGGGCAGACACCAUUGCACUACUGCGCCAUCAAAAACGCUUUUGAAGCGGCCAAGAAACUCAUGGUUUACAAGCCACGCUACUGUAAACGAGACGAUAACGGCGUCUAUGUCAUCCACUGUGCCGCUACCCACGCCUCCAGAGACGUGCUGAAUAUGCUUCUCGAAAAAGCUGAAGAGGCUGGAUACCCAAGAGACUACGUGCUGAGGCAGAAGGACAAGGAGAACAACACGGCGCUCCACUCUGCCGUCAAUAGCGGCAGCGAGGAAGCGGUCCGGGUCUGCAUUGAAUUCGGCUCGCCCUUGGACGUGUUGCAGGAGGAUGAUUCCACGCCCCUUCAUCUGGCGGCUUCACAGGGUUCCUUGCCCAUCAUCAAGCUGCUACUGAGCCCUCCAGGAAGCGAGGCCACGCUGAGCAUGUGCGAUGUAGAGAAGAUGACCCCACUGCAUAGGGCGGCGAUGUUUGAUCACGUUGAUGUAGUGGAGUUCUUGAUAGCGCAGGGUGCCGAUAUGGACGCUGUCGACAAGAAUGGCUACAGUCCAGUACUCCGUGCCGUCUCUCGGGGCAGCUUUCGUUCAGCAUUGCUGCUUAACAAGAACGGGGCGGACUGCCGCCUCCGGGACUGCCAAAACAGGAACAUUCUUCACCUGGCCGUGUUAAGUGGGAAAGAUCUCAUGAAGUGCGGGCUGACGGCUUUGAAGUCGGAUAUACCAGUUCUCUUGAAUGACGUUGAUAACCGGGGUUGUACGCCGAUCCACUAUGCCACGCGAGACGGUAACAUCAAAUCUGUGAAGAGCUUGAUCGAACUCGGGGCCACGGUCAACCUGAAAGACUUCAAGAAACAGUCACCGCUACACUUUGCCGCCAAGUACGGGCGUUUUAACUCCUGCAAGCGUUUGUUAGACAGCUCCAUAGGUCCCAAUAUCAUCAACGACAUUGACGGAGAGGGAAUGACCGCCUUGCAUAUCGCCGCACUGAACGGCCAUGCCAAAGUUAUCCAACUGCUGUUACUUCGCGGGGCGUUGUUACACAGAGAUUACAAAGGACGUACGCCUCUUCAUCUAGCUGCAAUGGCGGGGUAUCAGGAAUGUAUGAAGAUACUUCUUACCACGCAUAAUUAUCUCCUUGACCAAGCCGAUGAUAAUGGGGAUACGGCAGUAAUUCUCGCUGCCAAAGAGGACCAGCCAGCCUCGGUGGAUUUCCUGCUGACUUACAACGCAUCCCUGGCCGUUAAAAAGGACAAAAAAGGCCUAAUGGCAGCGGCCGUGGCGGCCAACAACGUGGAAGUGGCCCAGGCUACUGUGGCUCACGAGAGAUGGACGGAGGUUCUUCGCUCGUACCUGAUCGAAGAGCCUGAGGCUACUCGAAACCUCAUCAGUAAAAUGCCGGAAGUGUACAAGAGAAUUUUGGAUCGAUGCCUGACGAGAUCAGCACAACCACCAGUCAGCGCCGACUUCUGGGCGAAAUAUGACUUCACUUGCCUGCAACCACCUCUGGAAGAACGCAUUCGAAGUAGGAAUGAAGGAUCGUCCAUCCCACCUCUGCACUCACUUAACCUCAUGGUAGAGAACAAUCAUAUGGAUUUGCUGUCGCAUCCGAUCUGCGUCGAGUACCUAAAUAUGAAAUGGAGAUCUUACGGUGUUUGGAUCCACACUGCUGCGAUGGCGUUCCACGUUAUCUUCGUUGCUUGCAUGACGUUUUUCAUAGUCGGCUCGUCAAAGUACUACGAUAAGAAUGCCAACCAAACCCUCGCCAAUACCGGUCUUAACGCUACCCCCGUUGCCACUUCUACGGACAUGCAGGACUCAGAUGAAAACGCUUUAUCUGAUUGGAUGCUUGCCUCCGCAUACGUCAUGGUCAUAUUUUCUAUAAUUAACAUCGUGAAGGAAUGCGGACAGAUAUAUAAGGAGCCCAGAAAGUAUUUCAGAGACUUCAUCAACUUGUUGGAGUGGGGUCUGUACGGAUGCACGCUGGUAUUCGCAGGUCCGUUCGUCCUUGGUUACGAAAAAUGCAAAUACAACGAUAUUUGCGAUUCCCAGUGGCAGUGUGGAGCAGUGGCCGCCUUCCUUGCUUGGUUCCUCAUGCUCUUGUACCAACAAAGGAUAAAUGCGGUUGGUAUCUAUGUAGUGAUGUUUCAGGUGAUUCUGAAGACACUUGUUCGCGUGUUGGUUGUUUUCGUCACCCUUAUCAUUGCUUUCAGCAUGUCUUUGCACAUGCUAAUGCAAUAUGAGGAAAACCAUGCUUUCCAGACCAUACCGUUGGCAAUUUUCCGUGUGUAUACCAUGAUGAUGGCAGAGAUAGACUUCAUCAACUCCUUCGUUGGUCCCACGACGGAUAACGACGAGACGACGAUGACUUUCGAGCACCUGACGUUCGCAUUCCUCACGCUGCUCAUUUUAUUCUUACCCAUCAUUCUCAUGAAUCUGUUGAUUGGUCUCGCCGUGGGUGAUAUUGCCAAGGUGCAACAGGACGCCAAACUCCAGCGGCUGGCCAUGCAGGUUGAGAUGUACACCGACAUGGAACAGAAGAUUCCUGCCAAACUGCUGGACUGGGUGGACAUGGACUACGUCUUGAUUUUCCCCAACAAGAAAACGGCUUGCCAACGUGAACACUAUGGGAACAAGAUGUGGAGGAAAAUGAAACACGUCUUCUUUGGGAAGGAUAGCAACUUGGAGCAAGUGGAGUCGGCAAUGAGGAGUGCUGGCCUCUCGAAAGGUUUCCAGGAGAACGGGCAGACCUGUAAUUCAGAGAUGGACGUCUUGAAAAACAAGAUAAAGUCACUGUCCUUCCAGAUGGAUAAGCAGUACGACCUCCUGCGUCUCAUUGUUCAGAAGAUGGAAAUUACCACCGAGGCCGAUGACCAAGAUGAAGGCACAGCACCCCCUACGGAACAUGGUUCGCGACUCAGAAUUGAUAUGGGUCAAGUGGUGACGGCAGCCGCCAUGAUGCGAGACGGGGACAGGGAGAGGCGUCUCCAGUUGUACCGUUCGCACCGCAAAGAAUCAUCUGGAAUUAAACCUCCAGAACCGUCCGUGUAAUAAGCUGGUAAAGUGUGCGCUCCUUUCUCUUUGUGAAUUGUUAAUCAGAGUGAUUGGGAAAGCAUGUGAAAGAAUCAGGUUUAACAAAUUUUUAUUAUAGAAAUGUGCAAUAUCCUUUUUUUUUCAUUACGCACGUUGUCGACCGUAUGCUUAGAUUUAUGUAGGCCUCCUUGCAUACUAUUUCAAUCAUGUGCACUACACACUACGUGUUAAUUUACUAUUUUUGUGAACUUGUUCUCCAAUAGGGCUAGGUUAGGAGCAGUUGUGAGCAGUGUUUAGCACAUAAUAAUCAUGAGAAACAAACAAAACGUAUUUGUAGGUUAUUUUUGAAUAUUCCGAAAUGUUUUCAUUAGUAUUGGAAAAUUGGGAACUAAAAUUUUAAGGCAUAACAUUUCAAAGGCAAAUAAGUGAGCAAGCAUUCAAAUGCACGUACGUCUGCAUCAUGAAAAGUUGAUCCCCCACUUGCGCACUUUUGGAAGUUUCUCCGCCAAGCAAUUGUACAAUUUUAGGAGUCCCACACCUACUCGUUGUCAUCAAUUUACAUCACAAGAGAAAGGCAGCUCUACCAAAUUUUUGUAGCACUUCCUACUGGUUAUACGCCAAACGUUCCGCUUAACUUGACAUGGGGAGCAGCUGUCGUUCAUGAGCUUGGCAAGAGAAUGCACGGGUAAGCAGAACACGACGUCAUUACGUCCCCAUGGCUAUAUUCCACUAAUUGUUAUGCGCUGCUGUUUUUAUCAUGUUGAGACGCUAGGAGUUGUGCGCAUUCUGUGGAAUAUAAGUCAUUCGUUGAAGGGAGUGGCACCCACGCGAAUAAAAUAUAUUUAAAAUUGCCUUCCUUGGCUCCAGUGAGAAGCUCGCGCUGAAUAAUGUACAAUAUUUGCGUUGAGUCUUUCGGAAUACUCAGUCGAAACAAUAUCUAAAGAAACCUUUCAAUCUUUCAAAUAAUAUUAUUAUGUCAUCUGUAAAGCAAACGUGAUAUUCUGCGAAACAAUUGGUCAAACAGAGUUUCUUAAACCUCGUGUGAAAACUUUGACUGUGUUAAAUAAAACAUUUUGAUGGUUUUAAUUAUCGCGGCGCAAUUUUAAAGUUUUUACCAGAUAAUAUAGCAUCCCGCCAGCGGUUAUUACUUUCCUUUAGUACAUGUAUAGCUAACUACUAUGUAAGCUAUCAGACAAUAAAUGCUACUGGGGGUAUAAGUUCAUGUUAUAGUUUUACAGUUAAAAUCGUAGUACGAGAAAUUCGCCAACCUUUUUCUUAAUUUGCCAUUUAAUUCUAGUAAUUAUCUGUAAAAUAAAUGUCUAUUUAAAGAAUUUUAUUUUUAUGACAUAGUAGGUUUCUUGAAAACAACAAACAGCAAAACAUCAAACCAGUAUUGCAUUAAUAACGUCCAUAAUAAUUGUAUACUAACUUUAUGACACAUGGUGAUAAUGGGAAAGAGACACAAUUGUUGUGGAAUUAGCGCAUUAUAGCUGAGUGUCUUAGGUGUUGCAAGUAAAUAUUUUGGGUUACAUGCAAGUACGUGUAUUAAAGAAGACAUUCUGCCCUUAUACUGUGACACGGUUAUCGA